UGUAUACAUUUUAUAAAGAUUAGGACGUGAAGUGCGAAGGUAAAAAAAUAAGACAAUGAGUGAAGCCUUUCAAGAUCACUAUGAGGUUCUCGAAUUAAGUCGUGACGCCACAGCCACGCAGAUUCGAGAUGCAUAUCGUCGGCUACUCCUCAUAUGGCAUCCCGACAAAAAUCCGGAUGGGAAUGAUUAUAUUAAGAAGAUUAUCACGGCCUACGAAAUCCUGAGCCAUCCUGACAAAAAAGCUGAUUACGAUAGGACGCUGGCAAAUUUUACCCUUACUCAGCCCAAGAGUUACUUUUUCAUACCGUCCUUAUCUAUACCGUCCAAUGCGGAAAAGCUAAAGCUGGCAUGCUUUGUAGGAGGCGCAUGUGUGGUAGUGGCCUACGUUACCUACAAGCUGGUGCGACAAUCGGCUCCGCCACCUUUACCACUGCCAUUGCCCGCCGUUCCAGUGGAGACGCCGGUAGAGCCAAUUGCAGUCACCGUUGCGGAGGAGCUAAAUGCACCGCACCCUUCCUCGCUCUGGACGCUGAUUUCAUGGCUGGCCGCUCUGAGAUCCAAAAGAAUAUUGAUGAGGAACGGGAAACUGGCACAAGGACUUGCGCCAUCUAUUUCCAAUUCAACCACUUCUUCAGCGGCCAAUACAAUCGCGAACGCGUUAUCUUCAGGGGCGCGAAACAGGAUUUCAUCCGUUGCAUCUGGAAUGACAAAAACCAUAAGCCCCGGACUGCCUAACCAGUCUGCUGCUGCCAAUUCGGUUACCCAACCGUUAGCGACUGUGGCGGAUAGCAUGCUUUCAUCGGCUGCCAAAGUAGUGCCGAAGACUGAAGGUUCAUCGGUAACUAACAUAAUACAUCUUCCACCACCAACCACCCAGACCGCGGCAGCCUCUUCAGCGAAAUCUGAAAAAUUGACGGGUUAUAUAUUCAGCCAGUGGAGCAGAAUCCCUAGCUUUGCUAAUAAUGUAAAGCCCUUUACCAUUGCUUUCAAAAAUAAUAUGGUUGAAGGAACCAACAAUGCCUUGAGAUGGACUGUUUUGAAGACACGGCCCUAUAUAGAGUCUGCUCCGAACGUCAUUAACGGGGCAAUGACUACGGCGUCCAACGCUUCGUUAAAAGGAGUUUCGAAGAUUAGGAAUCUGUUUCCAAAAACUAGGGGACUAAAAACACAUUCUAGUACAGAUCCAGCUCCAAGCGACGCCAUUAAAGGGACAACGACUAUGGCUUCCAAAGACACGGUAAUAGGAGCCACCAAGGUCGGAACACAGUCGCAACAGGUCCCGGGCUUAAACAGUGAAAAUACCAAAGGGUCUAACUUCCAAUCACCCUCACCGCUGAAGGUGACAUUUUACGUUGGUGGAUGCAUGCUGGUUUUGUAUGGAACAUACCAAUUGGCAAAAGGGUUCUGAAGCCCACCGCCACUGCCACCGCCACCUUCUAAAACUGAGGCUAUGGUAAGUGUGAUGAAACAUGUUGGUAGUGUCUCUUACGAUGGAAUAAAAUCAGCUGGUAGUGUCUCUUAUAAAGCAGUGAACUAUACUGCCCAGGCAUCAAAAUCAGGAAUUAAUAAGAUCUGGAAAUAUGUAGGCGGUUCCUAACAAUCUAAAAAAAGGAGAAAAUAUAUGUUUUUUUUACCAAAAAUG